AUGAGCGACCGCACGAACGAGACUUAUUCCUCCUCUUCUUCAGAUGAUGUGAUCGAUGGCACCGAUAGCCCCAUCUGCGCUGCCGAUGAUACAACAUACGACACCUACGAUGCCGACGCCACGACCAACUAUGGCGUCCGAGCAGCUAAACGCCUCGAUACCAAAAAGGAGACGGCGACCGACGUGAGUAUCCACGAACAUGAAGCCCCUAGUGGCGCCCGAAUCAAGAGGACCAGCUUUGAGAACGGCCGUGGCCGUACAACCUACGACCCGGACACGGGGGCAUACGAUGAGUUGUUAGAUUAUAGUACGGACGAUGCGGACCAUCACCAUCGCGAGAAGCUUGACGCCGACGGUGUCUAUCAGCUGCGGGAUGUCGAUUUGCGUAAAGAUGGGACGAGGCAUGUUCAUCGCGAAUACAACAAUCCGAUUACUGGGAUCACGACUUCCGUACAGGGAACUAUGAGCGACCGUGCCUUUGAACUGGAUUUUUAG